AGAGGAGGGCUGAUGAUUCUGAUAACACAGGUUUAAAUGAAGCUGCAGCCUCCUGCAGAGCUUCACUCCUUCACAGCCGUGAUGGCUUUCUGCAAACUCCUCACCGCGCUGGUGCUGAUCCACUGCUGUGGAGCUGUGCUCGGGUCUGAGGUGAGAAGCUCCAUCAUCGGGGGGGGCAACGCUAACAAGGGCGACUGGAAGUGGAUGGUUCACCUCAACAUCUCUGACGGGGUCAACAAGCGGCGCUGCGGUGGAUCCAUCCUCAACAAGCAGUGGCUGCUCACUGCUGCAAACUGCUGGGAGAGAGACCCCAAGCCCAGGGCGGAUCGAUCCAUGGCCUGGAUCGGCGCACAUGACCUACAUAAGGAAUCUGAGCGUUACAUGGCCAUCGUUUUCCACAUGUCUCACCCCGGGUAUCAAGCAGUGGGCGGCGGCUUCGUGAGCGACCUUGCCUUGGUGAAGCUGCAGAAAAAGAUCGGGUUCUCUGGACUCGCUGGUCCGGUGGGCCUGCCGAGCGACGGCGACACCUUCGACUCAUCGUCUGAGUGCUGGAUCACGGGCUGGGGGAACAUCAGGCCCGGAGUUCCACUUCCUCCUCCAGAAACCCUUCAGCAGCUGAGGAUUUCCAUCCUCCCUCAGAACGUGUGUAAGGAGAAGUAUCCUCAGAUGACCGCUGAGCAGCUGUGUGCAGGAGACCUGGCCGGAGGGAAGGACGCCUGUGACGGGGAUUACGGCGGCCCGCUGGUCUGUCGUAAAGGUGCUGGCUUCGUUCAGGUGGGCAUCAUGAGCUACGGGAGCUGUGGUCUCGCCGGCCGCCCUGGUGUCUACACUCGUGUUUCCAGCUAUGUGGACUACAUCAAGACCUACAUCAACCAGGAGGAGGCUUCUGCUGAAGUCUAGACCUUCCAGCUGUCCCUGUAACCCGCCUUUCUCUUACAGCUCCUCUCACUCUCCCUCCAUGCUCUGUGGUAAAUUCAAUAUCACAUCUGUGCAUUAAAGCUUUGAAGCAUUGA